GCGCUGAUGCAGCCGCCAUGCGCGAUCUCAAGCAGCGCUUGUUCGACCUAUUGCGAUCCGGCGGCAUAACCGUUGGCGACAACAACAGCAACAACAAUGGCAGCGGCAAUGGGAACGGCGUCUCACAAUUGCACCAACAACAACAUCAGCAGAUGAUCUAUUCGCCCCUUCAGCCGAUGCCCAAACCAAAAAAGUUGCAUGAAUACACUGCAGCCGAUUGCAAUGCGGCAUUUUUGCGUAAAUAUCAUGAUCUUAGCAUUAGCCGGGUCAGAGAGGGGGACACGGAGAGGGAAAGGGAGAGCGACAGGGAGAGGGACAGGGAGCAGGAGCGCCAACGUGCCAAUGUGAUCUACUUUAAUGAGAAUCUAUCGAUGACCAGCAAAUACAAUGUACGGCAAUUUCCACUAGCACGCUACCCCUCGUGCCCCUUGAGCAGCUUCGGCAUGUCACCACAGCGGACAGAGGGCAGUGCGGGCAGCAGCCUGGCAGAGGACACGGAGAGCAGCGACAGAUACAAUUUUUGCUCGGAUGAGGAUCAGAGCAGCAAUGCACAAACGCUGAAAAUACGUUGUCACAAAAUGCACAUGGAUGCAGAUGUUGAUGUGGACGUGGACGGAAGUGGCAACGGUGCCGAUGCAGAUGCUGAUUUAGAUGACGAUCAUGCCGAAUCGCAACUUGACUCAUUCUGCACAUUGUGCACCUCGACCUUUAGCUACAACAAAUGCUGCCGCUUUUGCGACAAUUCACUCUGUGGCUCCAAAUGCAACUCGGAGCGUGGCUCGCAUGCGAGUCGCCUCAGUUGCCAUCUCAAUGGCUAUGCUGGCAUCGAUAACGAUAACGAUCUCACUUGCAAUGCCCCACAAUUACAGUUUCAUCAGCAUCCACGUCCGCAUUCGCAUCAGAAUCAGCAGCGCUUUCCCGGCGUCGGUGGCAGCAUGAAACUUUUAACGGCACAACAACAGACAAAAAUUCCGACAGCUGCAGCUAUCAGAACCAUUAACGACUAUGCGCUCAAUUCGCAUCUACACUUGAAGCACAUCAGCAACAAUAACAAUAAACUAAACAAUAUCUACAACAACAAAGCGCAUAAUAAAAUUCACAAUAAUACCAACACCAAUAAGAGCAAUCAUAACCUAAACAGAAUGCAUGCCCAUCAGCUGGAUUCGUAUCUGGCCGGGAUGCCGAUCAGCAUGAAUAUGGGUAGUCCAAUGCAUCCGGGCAAUAUUUCUGGUAACGAAAGGCCCAAUGGAGGAGCAUUAGCAUUGCAUUAUGCAGCUGCCAGAGGAUGUCUGGACUGUGUCCAGUUGCUGGUUUCCGCAUCCGUUGACAUUUGCGCCAAUACGCAAAUGGACAACGAUGUCACGCCCGUUUAUCUUGCCGCCCAGGAGGGGCAUUUGGAGGUGCUCAAGUUUCUGGUGCUUGAAGCAGGCGGUUCGCUUUACGUUCGAGCACGCGACGGAAUGGCACCGAUCCAUGCGGCUUCACAAAUGGGCUGCUUGGAUUGCCUCAAAUGGAUGGUGCAGGAUCAGGGCGUGGAUCCGAAUUUGCGGGAUGGCGAUGGUGCGACACCACUGCAUUUUGCCGCCUCACGUGGCCACCUGUCAGUGGUGCGUUGGUUGCUCAAUCAUGGUGCCAAAUUAUCGCUCGAUAAAUAUGGAAAAUCACCGAUUAACGAUGCUGCCGAAAAUCAGCAGGUUGAGUGUCUCAAUGUGCUGGUGCAGCAUGGCACCACCGUUGACUACAACAGCAAGAGCCAUGCACCACGUCACAAGACACAGCAGCAGCAACAUCAGCAACAGCAGCAACAACAACAACAGCAGCAACAACAACACUUGAGCAGCAGCUGCAACUCGAACACGAAUUCGAGUAAACAGACGAGCCGUAGCAACACCAUCAAAUCAAAAUCCUCCUCCACGCUCAGCUCCGAUGUGGAGCCCUUUUAUCUGCAUCCCCCCGCAGUGACUGCGGCUGCAGAUGCUGCCGGCGUUGGCAUUGGCGUCGGCGUCGGCAUCACGCGCAAGAACAGCGACGCUUUGUAUUCGCAACAAUCGCGAAGUUCCUCUGAGAAGCUGUAUGGCUGCAAUGGUGGCGCACCUGGCGGCAGUGGCACAAGUGGCACGAGUGGUGGUGCAUUGUUGCCCAACGAUGGAUUGUAUGUGAAUCCAAUGAGGAAUGGGGGCAUGUAUGCCACGCCCUCGCCGAAUGGCAGCAUAUCGGGGGAAUCGUUCUUUUUGCACGAUCCACAGGAGAUCAUCUAUAAUCGGGUGCGUGAUCUCUUUGUUGACUCCGACUGCAGCAGCGUGAAGCAACAUCAGAUGACACAUUCGCAUCCGCAUUCGCAUUCGCAUUCGCAUCCGCAUCAGCACUCGCAUUUGCAUCAGCAUCAGCAUGGAAUGCAAACGAAAUCGGGCAAUGCCAUCAUGACCAUUCAGGCCGAUGUCCAUUCAAGCUCAAGUGGCGCUGGCAGCGGCUCCGAUGAAUCUGUGUCCAUCUCGUCCAGCUUCAAUUCGCCAAAGAGCAACAGUCAUCAUCACAGUCACAGCAACAGUCACAGCAACAAUCACAGUCACAAUCACAAUCACCAACUGCGCAGUCAGAGUUUCAAUCGACACGGCAGCAGCAGCAACAUCAGUAACAGCGCCAAGAACAACAACAACAACAACAGCAGCAGCACAAACAACAAUUACAAACAACACAAGAGCAUUGCCAAUGGCAGCAGCAACAUCAACAUCAGCAACAUUGGCAAUCAAAAUGGCGAUCAUGACUAUGAAGACAUAUAUUUGGUGCGCGAAGAAUCACGCAAGCAACAUCAACAUCAGCAACAGCACCAGCACCAACAUCAGCAGCAGCAACUGCAACACCAACAAUUGCAGCAGCAACAUCAACCACAACAGCAGCAACAGCAGCAGCAACAACAACAACAGCAGCAGCAACAGUUGCUGUCACAGCAACAACAUAAAUACAAUGUAGGCAGAUCUCGAUCCCGCGACAGUGGCUCCCAUUCGCGCUCUGCCAGUGCCAGCUCCACACGCAGCACUGACGUGGUGCUACAGUAUAGCAAUCAUCAUUUGAACAACAAGCGAAACAACUAUAGCAGCAACAACAGCAACAGCAACAGCAACGGUAACAGCGGCAACAACAAUAGCAAUAACGGCAACAACAGCAACAGCAAUAACAAUAACAUAAGUAUGUUGAAUCGCAACAAAUCGCAUUCGAUGAUCGGACUGCACAGCAGCAAAUACGAAUCGUCGAUCAAGGAUAAUUAUAGUGCUAAGAAUGUGAAUUUGAAUUUAAAUCAGAAUCAGAAUCAAAAUCAAAAUCUGAAUCAGAAUCUGAAGAAUCAGCUGCUCAAUGGAGGCGUGAAGAGUGACACCUACGAAAGCGUCUGUCCGCCCGAGGAUGUUGCCGAGCGGACAAAGCAGACGCACAGGAAUUCAAUGAUACGCAACAAUCUGAUGGACGCCACAAUGUUAAGCAGCACGCCCAAUAUUGCCACACACAACAACAAUAACAGCAGCAGCAACUGCAGCAACAUUGGCAACAGCAACAGCAGCGGCAACAACAACAACAACAUGAGCAAUAGAAAUCUUAAGCGUGUCUCCUCGGCGCCUCCUAUGCAGAAUCUGGCAAUGGUUAAUGGGCCUCCACCGCCCCCUUUGCCGCCGCCACUACGUGCUCCCGUGCAGCGCAACAAUCUCAAUGCAGAACACUCCAGCAAUAACAGCAACAGCAGCAACAACAGCAAUAACAUUUAUAAGAAGAAUCACUUUAGUGGCCCAGCACCACCAAUUGGAGUCACAACAACAACAACAGCCACAGCAACAACAACACACGAUGCCGUCGACUCGGAUUCUGGAUUGGAGGUUGUCGAGGAGCCAAGUUUGCGUCCCUCGGAGCUUGUGCGUGGCAAUCACAAUCGCACCAUGUCCACCAUAUCAGCGAACAAGAAAGCCAAGCUCCUCAAUGGCAACAACAACGGCAACGGCAACGGCAACAACAAUGGCAACAGUAACGGUAAUGCAGCUGGCAACACUGAGGCAACAGCUGGCGGCAACGGGGAGGGGCAUUAUCAGCCAGCUCCGGGGGCAACUGCGAAUGGCAGCAGCCUCUACGGCUAUGCGGAGGGCAAGCAGCGCAGCAGCAGCAGCAACAACAGCAACAGCAACUACUAUCAACAGCCACAGCAACAGUUGCAACAACAACAACAACAAUCGAUGUACGCCGGCAGUAUCUAUAAUUUAGGCUCAUCCUCUGCCGAGGAUCAUUAUGAGUUGCAACAAUCACAAUAUGGUGGAAGUUAUAAUGGCGAAGGCGUUGGCAUUGGCCCAAUUGCUGGUAGUGUUCGCUCUGGUGGCCCCAAUUUGGUCAACAAGCAGCUGGUGCUGCCAUUUGUGCCGCCCAGUUUUCCCAAUAAAUCACAAGACGGAGUCACGCAUCUCAUCAAGCCGUCCGAGUAUCUAAAGAGCAUUAGCGAUAAGCGUUCGUGUCCAUCAUCUGCCCGCUCCACGGAUACGGAGGAUUAUAUGCAGAUACAGAUUUCUCAGCAACAGCAUCAGCAACAUCAGCAUCAACAUCAACAUCAGCAUCAGCACCAACAUCAUCAUCAUCAGCUUCAGCAUCAGCACCAGCCGCAUCAUGGCAUGGGCGUGGGUGAGCAACCACCGUUGCCACCACCGCCGCCACCAUUGCCACACAUGAUGCCGCCACCAAUGCCAAUGAUGAUGUCAACGAUGUCCGGUGAUGCCACCAACAAGUCACAGAAGCCGAAGAAGCCACAUGGCACAGCGCCAAGCAGCCAGGACACUGCCACACGCAAACAGCAUCAACCACUGUCAGCAAUUUCGAUACAGGAUCUUAACAGUGUUCAGCUGCGUCGCACGGACACACAGAAGGUGCCGAAGCCCUACCAGAUGCCGGCACGCAGUCUGAGCAUGCAAUGUUUGACCACCAGCACGGAUACGUAUCUGAAAACGGAUCUGAUAGCCGAGCUGAAGAUCUCGAAGGAUAUACCCGGAAUCAAGAAGAUGAAGGUGGAACAGCAGAUGGCCAAUCGCAUGGACUCGGAGCAUUAUAUGGAAAUAACGAAACAGUUCACGGCCAACAACUAUGUUGAUCAGAUCUUCUUACAGAUACCAGAAAAGGAUCAGGCCGGCAAUGCCAUACCCGACUGGAAGCGCCAGAUGAUGGCCAAGAAGGCGGCGGAGCGGGCCAAGAAGGACUUUGAGGAUCGAAUGGCCCAGGAGGCUGAGUCGCGUCGUCUGUCGCAGAUACCGCAAUGGAAGCGCGAUUUGUUGGCACGACGCGAAGAGACAGAGAAUAAGCUGAAAGCGGCCAUCUACACGCCCAAAGUGGAGGAGAAUAACCGCAUUGCGGACACCUGGCGCCUGAAGAAUCGCGCCAUGUCCAUCGACAACAUCAAUCUGGCAAUGUGCACCGGCGGCCUUAACGUCGAGCAGCACUACCAGCAGCUGCAGUUGCUCCAGCAACAGACCCAACAACUGCAGGCCCAACAUCCCCAGGGCAACAAGGAGAACCAUAGCGAGUCCAAGGGUCCCGAGCAACCAGAGCAAUCAAUGAUGCCCCCUCAGCAACAGCAACAGCAACAGCUACAACAGCAACAGCAGCAGCAGGCACAAGAUGGUCUUGAUCAUGGCGAGGAGGAGCAGGAUGACAACGACAACAUCAUUCCCUGGCGUGCACAGCUCCGCAAGACUAACAGUCGCCUCAGCUUGAUCUAAAGUGGACGUGGUCGCUUGUCCGUCCAUCUUCGUCUCCGUCUCCGUCUGUGUGUCCGUGUUUAAGUCUUUUAAGUCUGUAGUGCAUUUUUUUUUUGUUACUUUUUUUUUUUGCUAUUUCGAAACUAUUUAUAUUAACGACUUGUGCAAUUAUUAAAGAAUAUAUAUAUAUUAAACAGAUUCCGAUAUAUUCGUGAUGCGAGGGAAAUACAUUUAUAUUAUUAGAUUUAAGCAUCAUUAAAAUGUAAUUGGUGAAAUGCAACAGCUCCAGCGGAGUUUUAGUUGCGCCAACCAACUCCACAUCCAAGGCAAGCUUUAGAUCCAAAAAAA